UGUCAGCGAAUUCUUUGCGUGGAUGAAAAAAUUAGGGGUAAACGAGAUUAGAUUUGAUGUUGAUAAUAACCAAAAAGAUUCGAACAAGAUAGUUCGCCCAUUACUUUUAAGUCAGGUUAGCGAUGAGAUUAAUAAAAACAAGAAUAAAAAUGGCAACGGUGGAAUAAUUGCUGCUAUUGUAGUAGUCGGAGUAAUUUUGGCGGUGAUUAUUGGG